ACCCCAAUGGAAACCGAUUUCAUAGCCAGCGCUCAAAUUGCUAUGGAUGAUCAAAUUGCUCAAAUUUCAAAGCCGGACGGCUGUGCCGCGAUUCUCACCAACCACGAAGACGUCGUCGUCGAAAUCUUCGCAAGACUGCCGGUCAAAACCCUAAUGCGAUUCCGUUGCGUCUGCACGACAUGGCGUUCGCUAAUCGCCGACCCUCAUUUCGUCAAGAAGCACAUGAAAUACGACGCCGAGAAACGACGGCGAUAUGCGGAUGCAGUUCUCCAUGAAGCCGCCCAGCACCAUGGGCUUGGCGGAUUUGAAGGGUGUGAAGGACGCUGAGCUGGAUUUGAAGAGUUUCAGAGGUGACCGUGUCGCAAUCAGAGAGCUGGAGUUUCCGGUGUGUCUUGAUUUCGUUCCCGAGAUUGUGAAUGUUGGUAGUUGUAAUGGGAUUAUUUGUGUUCAGGUUCGCAAGGAUUUUGUGUUGUGGAACCCUUGUACUGGAGACCACACGGUGUUGCCGAAACCGAGUGGUGUUUCGUGCUCUCCGCAGUAUUAUGGAUUCGGUUAUGAUGAAAUCAAUGAUGAUUACAAAGUAGUGAAGGGGUCAUAUAUUGAAAUUGAUGAUUGUGGUGGGGAGAAACCGAUGAUUCAGGUGUUUUCGCUGAGGAGAGGUGCAUGGAACACCUAUCCAGGCCCAAAGAACAAUUGCAUGAGAGGGCAGGGGGGUUUUGUGAAUGGAGUGCUGCAUUGGUUGUGGUUUGAGGAGUGGUGGGAGGUUGACAGCACGGAGAUUAGGCCUUUUAGUUUAGCUGAGGAGAAAUUUCUGGAGGCAAUGCCGAUUCCCUGGUAUGGUUUUGGUGGAAUUUUGAUUUCAGGGAAUCAUCUCUGUGUAUAUAAUGACAGAGGGCUGGUGAGGAUUCUGAUGAUGAAGGAAUAUGGGGUCAUGGAGUCUUGGACUGAAGUUCUGUAUCUGACUUUUCAUACUGUACCUCAGAUAUAUGAGGAAAUAUUAAUGGUGAAACCUCUGUGGAUUCUAGAGAAUGGGGAUGUUUUGGCGUACAAAUACAACAAGGAGGCUACUUGUCAGUAUAUAAACCAAAUGAUAAGGUAUUUACGAAUGUUAUCAGGCCUAUAUGGAGUAACAAGUUUGAAGCAGUCACUUACAGAGAAACUUUAGUUUCACCGAUAACUGGCAGUCUCAAAGACAUCUGACAACAUCAUUAUUUGUUGGCGAGCUAGUCAACACUUUCUACGAGCCUUGGUGGAAUCUCACAUAAGAGUUGAAAGGAGUUGAACCGGAAUGUCUGUGAAGCUUUUGCAAAUUUUGGGGCAGGACAAGAUUGUACUAACCAUAUGAGAACUCAAUAUGAGCUUUCAAUCACAAAUGAUAGUUUUGUGCUGUUCUGCGGGAUGAAGUAUAUCACAUCACCCAGGCGUUUAUAAGAUGUAGCAACUUUUCAGUUUUCUGUCUCCGUGUGACUGCUCUCCUUUCUGCAUUCAGCAUUAUUUAUUCCUCUAUAGCAAUGAUACUGAAUCUGGAGGCUCGCUUUUUAAUAUACGUCAUACUUAUGUUCCGAAUGCUGGGGCUUUCUUUUGUAUUUGAUAUCGUCACCCUGCAUUU